UUUGUUGAACUAGCAAAGCCACCUCUCGGAGAACAUACUUUCUGCUAUAGUUGCUGAGCAUCAAUGGUGCUUCAAAUCGAACAGGAGAAAAGAUUAUCAUUCAAUCGCUCCAUCAAAGAUGGAGAUUUGGUUAUCGUGUACGAACGGCACGAUGUGAUGAAAGCCGUGAAGGUUUCGGAGAACGGGGUGUUCCACAAUCGUUUCGGGACGUUCAAGCAUUCGGAUUGGAUCGGAAAGUCGUUCGGAUCCAAGGUUUUGAGCCUAAAGGGCCGGUUUGUAUAUCUCUUGGCCCCAACGCCGGAGCUAUGGACUCUUGUUCUCAGUCACAGAACUCAGAUUCUUUACAUUGCUGAUAUCAGUUUUGUAGUUAUGUACUUGGAGAUCGUUCCGGGCUGUUUGGUUCUCGAAUCCGGUACAGGCAGCGGAUCCUUGACCACCUCGCUUGCUCGCGCUGUUGCCCCGACAGGACAUGUUUACACAUUUGAUUUCCAUGAACAGAGGGCUGCCUCUGCUAGAGAGGAUUUUGAGAGGACGGGUUUAAAUGGUCUGGUUACAGUAGGGGUAAGAGACAUACAAGGUGAGGGGUUCCCUGAGGAAUUUUGUGGGAGGGCAGAUUCUGUAUUUCUAGACCUCCCUCAGCCUUGGCUUGCCAUACCUUCGGUUGGAAAGAUGUUGAAAGAAGAUGGUGUCUUGUGCUCUUUCUCACCCUGCAUUGAGCAAGUACAGCGGUCUUGUGAAGCACUGAGAUCUUGUUUUACUGAUAUAAGAACAUUUGAAGUUCUCCUCCGCACCUAUGAAGUUCGGCAAAGAAUACUAGAGAGCCAUCCAAGCAAAGAUGGAGAUUCUGUUGACUAUCAUCCAUGCAAGAGGAGGCUGGGCUGUGACGAGAGUGAGAGAAUAGAAUGUCCUGCUUCUCCCCGGAGGCUGGGCUGUGACGAGAGUGAGAGAAUAGAAUGUCCUGCUUCUCCCAGUGUGAUGAUAAAGCCUUGUACUGAGGCAAGAGGUCAUACUGGCUACUUGACAUUUGCUAGACUCAAAUGUUUGGUAUAGAACUGUUUUGUAAAAGGAAUGGUUACCUUAUAUUGUAAUCAUGUUGAGUGAUACUUCAUUCCCAUACGUAGUUUAAGGGUUCUGUAAGUUCUUUAGAAUGGUAAAAUGAUCAAUAUUAGUGCUGAAAUUACAAUGUGAUCA